AUGACAGCUUUAACUGAUAUUUUCCUUAUCUGGGAUUUUUGGGGGAGUUUAUUACUUGGUUAUCCUCUAAACAUUAUUCUGAUUAUUUUAAUAAUUUUUAAAACACCAAAAGAAAUGGAAACACACAGCAGAAUUCUGAUACAAAAUUGUGUUUUGGAUAUUUUAUUAUUAACACUUCAAAUGUUGGCACAAGUGGUAAAACCUUUAAAGCAGAAUUAA